GGAAGCUUGAUUUAAGUGAUUUUUCAUUUAAACACCUUCAGACUUUCCAACUUUCAAUUAUUUUUAAUAUCAAUAAUAAUAGUAUUAAUAACGAUGUAAAUAUCUGUGCAACGUGCAUCUACUCAAUUCGUCAUAUUCAUUUCUUCUUUAUUGUGUUUUGCCUUUUCAAAAGAAAAAGGGGUUCUCAAGGCAUAAAAACUAAAAUGAAUUCUUUAGAGCAGCAACUAGCCCACUUUUGGAGUCAUAUAGAGGCUCAGCGCGAUCAGAAACUCAAAGAAAGCGGGGAUGACCUUGAAAAAGAAGUUGAAAGGGAGCUUGAUGCACUUUUGACGACCCUGAGCGGGUCGAUGUCUGAGGAUAAGCUAAAGUUAGAUUCAGAAAUCGAGCGAAUUAUGCGAAUGACGUAUCAAUUUCGCGAAGGGGUCGAGACGUGGCACCGUAAAGCCGAAGAUGGGAUUUCCUUAAUCAAGGAAAAGCAGCGCUCAUUGGCGGUACUUGUGCAAGAGACCUCCGCUCGAACGAGCGCACGCCGUGAGGAAAUGCUUCAGCUUCAAAAACAUCGUACCGAUGAGGUGCGUGAGUCCUGGCAAAAAAUUCUUGCCAACGCUGAAAGUUCCGUCGUAGAAUAAAGGGGGAAUAACAGCAAAGUGUUCACACCCCUCUUUUCUUUACACUUAUUACGCAUCUGGUCAGGAAUUUAUUUCAAUGACCCCUAUUAACUUUUCAUGGCUUACGCGACUUCCACCGAAGGAAUUAAAUUACAUAGAACUGAUUUUUAGAUUGCAUUCAUGUUGAAUUCACUUAGUUAGAAAUGUUCAUUUCAACUAAGUUGAUUUACUUUUAUUUUAAUAAGAUUUUGUCACAAAAAAAACGAAAAGAUCCUAUAGUUUAA